AUGCGGCGAAAAUGGCGAGCCUUCAAACAGGUCAGAAAGCAAGGCCUCCGCGGAUGGUUCAUGGCCUGGAAGGCCUGGAAAGCAUUUGAUGCGCAGUUGUUUCGGGGAUGGUCUCGGCCCACGGCACAGCAUGAUGUGGCCACCUUCAUUGAGCACAUUCUGGCAAAGCAGAAGCCACUGGCGAUUCAAGGCCGCCAGCAGUCUCGCCUGGGGAUAAGUGCGGGUCAAGCUGUGGUCUAUGAUGCAGGCAGCAUUGCAACACCAAUCAUUCUUCACGAAAAGGGCGAUGGUACCUUGGACUCCUUGCAAGGAUGCAUCGACAGGUGGCACAUGCAGGCCAGACCUCAUGGGCUUGCAGAGGCCUACUUUGUAAUCAUGCUGCAACUGGUCGGAUACAAGCACGGGGCUAUGGCGACGAAG